CCCUACGUAACAUAGUCCGACCCUGCCCCGCCCACCGUGACAUAGCCGUGACGUGCUCCGGCCUCUCUCUCUCCUUGUCGUCGAGUAUCAGCAGCACAGGGGGAAUCUCUCGGACGCAGCGUCUCCUGUCUGUUUCCCGUCACCACCCGCCCCGUCUUUGGCCCGUUUCCUCGCUGCCUUACAUUCGGGCAUCUUUUUUAUGAAUAAUCAAAAGCAACAAAAGCCAACGCUAUCUGGCCAGCGUUUUAAAACCCGCAAAAGAGAUGAAAAGGAGAGGUUUGACCCUACCCAAUUUCAAGACUGCAUCAUUCAAGGCUUAAAUGAAACUGGCAACGAUUUAGAAGCCGUAGCAAAAUUUCUUGAUGCUUCUGGGGCAAAGCUCGACUACCGCCGCUAUGCAGAAACACUCUUUGACAUCCUGGUGGCUGGAGGGAUGCUGGCACCAGGAGGUACUCUGGCCGACGACGUGAUUCGGACCGAUGUCUGUGUGUUUUCAGCACAGGAAGACCUAGAGACCAUGACGGCUUUUGCUCAGGUUUUUAACAAGCUAAUCAGACGUUACAAGUACCUGGAGAAAGGCUUUGAAGAAGAGGUCAAAAAGCUGCUGCUUUUCCUGAAAGGUUUUUCCGAGUCGGAGCGGAAUAAGCUGGCCAUGCUUACCGGUAUUCUAUUGGCCAAUGGGAAUCUUUCCGCAUCCAUUCUGAACAGUCUGUACAAUGAGAAUUUGGUUAAAGAGGGGGUGUCGGCAGCAUUUGCAGUAAAACUAUUUAAAUCAUGGAUCAAUGAAAAAGAUAUUAAUGCGGUAGCCGGUAUGCUACGCAAAGUAAAUAUGGACAAUAGGCUUAUGGAACUGUUUCCUGCAAACAAGCAGAGUCUAGAACACUUCACAAAAUACUUCACCGACGCGGGCUUAAAAGAGCUGGCGGAGUACGUCCGAAACCAGCAAACCAUCGGGGCUCGUAAGGAGCUGCAAAAGGAACUACAGGAAAUGAUGUCACGGGAUGAGCCUCUUAAAGACAUCACUUUGUACAUAAAAGAAGAAAUGAAAAAGAACAUCUCCGAGCAGACGGUGAUUGGGAUCCUGUGGUCCAGUGUGAUGAGCUGCGUGGAGUGGAACAAAAAGGAGGAGCUAGUGACAGAGCAAGCCAUCAAACACUUGAAGCAAUACAGCCCUCUACUUGCUGCCUUUACCACACAAGGUCAGUCUGAGCUGACUUUGCUGCUGAAAAUUCAGGAGUAUUGUUAUGACAACAUUCACUUCAUGAAAUCGUUCCAGAAAAUCGUGGUGCUUUUCUAUAAAGCUGAAGUCCUAAGUGAAGAGCCAAUUUUGAAGUGGUACAAAGACGCACAUGUUGCAAAAGGAAAGAGUGUGUUCCUGGACCAGAUGAAAAAAUUUGUGGAAUGGCUUAAAAACGCGGAGGAAGAGUCUGAGUCGGAUACUGAAGAGGGCGAUUGAAUUGUUGAUGGUGUUGUCAGUAAGCAAACACAGGAGCUGUAGAUAAAAUGUCAUUAUCAAUUAUGUGUGUUUCCGGUUAUUACAUCCUACCUCCUGUAUCAAGCAUGAUAUAAGGGCUGUCAUCACUUACACUAUAUUUUAUCCUCUUUUUUUUUUUUUUUUUUCAUUUUCAUUUUUUUUUUCUCUCUCCAUCUUACGGUCGCCAUGUUUUUUUUUGUGUAACAAAACCAAGCAACCAUGAUUUAAGCAGCCACGCUCAGCCUAGGUUCAUGUCAUCAAUUUUUGUUUACCCACUACCUCCUGUAUUUUCUACUGUUAUAAUGUAAUUUAAGGCCUUUCAAAUUGUAACAAUUCGUUUUAUCCCCUGGUUUUCUAUUAAAAAUGAAGUUUAAAAUCUC